AUGUCGUCAGUGAAUCAGUCUGCAGAUCAGUUUCAACCUCCUGUAGUACCGAGAGAUGCAGAAGGAUAUGUUAAAAGUUUCAACUUGUCUGGUUCUGAUGGUCCAGAAGUAGCGGCGGAAGCUCGUGCAUUCUUCGAAAAGUAUGGUUUCGUCGUAUUUUCCAAUGUAUUUACUCCGGAACAAUGUGAAACAACCAUAGCGGAUAUUUGGGAUGUAAUUGAGUCUGCUGUCGGACAACCGAUCCGCCAUAAUGAGAAAUUAUGGGAUCACCCGUUAUGGUAUCGAACAGGUAUUACAAACGAGGGUAUUAUAGGUCAUGCUAGUCUGUGGACGCGCCAAAUUCUACUCAAUCGACAAUCUGCAGCGUUGCAUGCAGCUUACGCUGCUAUUCUUGGAACAGAAGAUUUGCUUGUCAAUCAUGACCGUUACGGAAUGUUCCGACCGACGAGAGACUAUCCCGAAUGCGCAACGACAACCAAUCUGCAUUUAGAUAUGAACCCGUGGGCAUAUAUUGAAGAUCCAGAUAAUUCUUAUCAAAUUCAAUUUCUCGGUAAAAUGCGGUAUCGAAAUGACGACUGUUGGAUUGAGGAAAACAAUGAACCAGGUUGUGCAAAAAUAGGUGAAUUGCAUGUUCAAGGUUUGGUGAAUCUCGCUGAUAACCUAGAAGAAGACGGUGGGUUUUGGCUUGUCCCUGGCUUUCAUAGAUAUAUGGCACAAUGGGCACAAGAACAUCCAUCGUUGCGUAAGAAGUUCGGUCGACACUCGCGAUUUCUCGUAUUCGAUAAAGAUUAUGUUCCGGACAUGUACGCUGCUGCUUGCCAUGUUUCUACCCGAGCUGGAUCAGCUAUACUCUGGGAUCAACGUACGAUGCAUGGUUCGCGAGCAAAUGAUAGUCGACGUCCUCGUUUGGCGCAAUUUUUCAAAAUGUUUCCACGACAAAAUCCUUCUAUGACACCGGAACGAGCCGAAUAUCGUCGGCAAGGAAUUCUAUCUAAACUUAAAAAAGUGAAUCUUGAUCCGCAAACAGAUCUCACACCAUUGGGAAGAAAACUUUUCGGUCUUGACGACUAG